ACACUGUUGUCGCGCAUGUGCGUCAAGACGUCCUCGCCGACCCCCGCCUCGGACCAGGGGGGCGCGUCCGAGGGUGCUGCUGCAGCCCGCGCCGCCCUGGCCGUCAGCCGCAGCAUCUUCCUGCCCCGCGCCGCCGACGCCGUGGCCGCGCUGCUGCCCAACUCCACCGCCUCUGGCGCCACGCAGGCGUCGCCGAGCAAUGCCGCAGCCCAGGCCCAGCCCGGCCAGCCCCCUGCGGAGCCCACGGAAGCACGUCAAGCAGUCGCCUUCCGCUGUGAGCCUUGCGGCAUCCGCUUCUCGUCGCUCAGCACGCUGGAGGCCCACCAGACCUACUACUGCUCGCACCGGCCCAACGCCCAGGGCCCCAAGGGUGAACACAUGCGGAUGCACACGGCCUCCCCGCCCGCCGCCACGGGGGCGGUGGCGCCGCCGCUUCCCCUGCCGCUGCAGCUCCAGAUGCAGCCGGCCGAGCCCGCAGAUGCGGGAGCAUCGCUGGUGGACCGCUACUGCCAAGACUGCGACAUCCGCUUCUCCUCUCUCAAGACCUUCCGCGCGCACAAGCUGCACUACUGCAGCACCCGGCACGUGCUCAAGGGCUCCGUCGCCGCGGGCUCCUCCGAGUCCGCGUCGCCCUCGCCGGUGGACGGCACCUCAGGCCCCGCGCUGCCAACACGCACCGCGGCGGGCUCGCCCGGCCACGCCAACAUGGCCGUGAACGAGGCCCUGCUCGCCCUGCCCACCAACCCGCCCCUUCUGGUGCCGUACUCGCUGCUGCAGGCCGCCAGCGUGGUGCAGACCGCGGCGCUGAGCGCUGCCCUGGGGGUGGGCGCGGGGGCGGCCCUGGGGGCGGCGUGCCUUCUGUGGUUGCCCGACGGCUCGCUGCAGCCCGUGGCCACGGCCAACCUGCCCUCGGCCAACCUGCCCUCGGCCGGCCGCUCUCGGGCCGCGGGGUCCACAGCGCCGCCGCACCCGUCCCCACAGCAGCAGCAGGCCACCCCCGCCCCGGCGGCGUCCUCCAGGCGCCAGCGGGAGGCUAAGCAAGUGGCCCCCAACCCCGCCCCCAGCAGUGCCCCCGGCAGUGCCCCCACCUCCAGCCCUGGCUCCGCGCCAUCAGGCCAUGGACCGCUGGACCUGAGUGUGCGGCGCGCGUCGGACUGCUCCGACGCCGAUCUGGACGCCGACGACAACGUUCCUGUUCAGGACCACGAGCACGAGGACAUCGUGUGCGCGCCCAGCAUUCCCCUCAUGCUGUCCGCGUCGUCAACGUGUUCCUCGCCUUCCCCGGCACCAGGCCUGGGGCCGUCGCCGUCGCCGCCACCCGUGGCCCCGCAGCCGCCCAUGCCGCCGAUGCCGUCCCGGAAGCGGCCGCACUCGCCGGCCAUGGCGCUAUCGCCGACGGAGAGGGAGAGGGACCGGGGGAAGAAGUCGCCCAGGCGGACGCCCAACGGAGUGGCGGUGGCGACCGCGGCGCCAGUGGUCCCCAAGAAGGAAGCGGAGAUCGUCACCUUGGCCCCCAGCCCUGUGCUGCCCCCCGGCAUGCCUCAGGGGGUUCCCGCCGUGCCCGACCCGCAGCUGCUGCUGCAGUCUGUGCUUGCGGGGGCGCGCCUGCCGCAGGGACUGCAGGGCCUUCCGCAAGGCCUGGCGCAGGGACUUCCCCUGCUGCUCGGCAACCCGCUGGCCGGACCGCUGGAACUGGCGUUGCGCAUGGCUGCCGUCUCCGCGGCCGAGCUGCAGCAACAGGUGGCGUCGCACCCGCCGCCGCCACCGCCGCCCCAGAUGCACGUCAAGCAGGGCGUGUCCAAGUGCCAGGAGUGCAACAUCGUCUUCUGCCGCCACGAGAACUUCCUCGCGCACAAGCGCCACUACUGCCAGGCCAGACUGCAGGACGACGAGGCCGCCGCGGAGGGCAGCAACGCGUCCAGUCCCGCGGCCGUCACCUCCAGGUCGCCGUCGGCCAGCUCGCCGCCCGAGGCGCAGGUCGCCGCCACGCCGGCCAACGCCUCUGCCUCCACGCCGUCCGGCCCCCUCGCCGCCCCCACCACGCACGUGCAGUACAUCUGCGCGCGCUGUCACAUCAAGUUCACGUCGGUGGACAACCUGACCCACCACCAGGCCUACUACUGCCCCAAGCGACCGGUGGACGCCGGGGCCGCUCCCCUGCCGGGGCCUGGCGCCGGCAAAGGGGUGGAGGACAAGGGCAGACGGCGGUGCCCGAAAUGCAAGGUGUCUGUCGCUGCAGAUCAAUUGUCCAGCCAUCAGUGUGACGUGGUUGUGGUGGGGACGGGGACGGGCUGGAGGUGUCCGUGCUGUCCAGUCAUGAGCCCCACCAUCUCGGCCGCCCAGAAGCACAUGGAGACCCACAACGGCAUCAAGGCGUUCCGCUGCACUGUCUGUGGCUACAAGGGCAACACCUUGAGAGGCAUGCGGACGCACAUCCGCAUGCAUUUCGAAAAGGGCCUUCCGGACUUGCAGGAGGAGAAUUACAUCAAAUGUGUGAUGGAGGAUGACGCCGCUCUCCCUGCCCCCAUUCCCAUCCCAGCCCCGCUCGCCACGCCCCCCACUGCAGCGACCGACGCGUCCAGUCUCCCCGGAGCAGGAGCAGUAGCCGCAGAGGUGGACCCUGAUCGUCAGUUUACCUGCAACUUUUGCAGUUUUACGUCGUUAUAUAAAAGUAGCAUACUUCACCAUAUUAAGCAUGCUCACGGUGCAUCCAUUGAAGAGGCUGCAUCGAAUUCUUUAUCCAAUCCAGAUGAUCAAAGACCUUCGAAUGCAUUAAAUGGAACAGACAGAGUAACUAUUAAAGUAGAAAAUCAAGAUAGGGACUUUGAUGCAGUAGAGAAUUUUAAAUGCAAAGAAGAACCAGUGUUUAUUAGUGAUGCAGAAGAACGUGCCUCAAGGUCCAUUCGUACAUCACCCUUAAUUUUAGAAGACUCAAAACCGUCUGUCAAAAGUGCAGAGGAGUUGAACCGAGGCGAUGAAGCUGUGAGUGCAAACAAUAACAAAUCUGGCCCCAAGUACUGUGAAUCUUGCGACAUCUCAUUUUCACUCUAUGAUAGUUUCAAAACUCACAAAAAGUUCUAUUGCAGAUCUGAGCCUGACAGCAAUGUAGUCCAUGCCUCUGCACUCUAACACUUUUCAAUCAAUUCAAAUCAUUUCCCUUGUAUUCUAGCAUUUAUGAUCUGUAAAGGAAACCGAAUCAGUUUCAUAUCUCAAGUAUAUUUGACUGCAUAUGGAGCAAAUUAGUCAGAGAUUGUGUGCUCUCAUGUGUUUGUAAGGUAAUACUUUUUACUGUUAUUUUACUUUAGUUUGUCAUAGUUAUUUAUUGGCAGAGGCUUUUAUCUUUAGUACAUUUAUGUUGAGGUUUUCCUCUCACCCAAAAAAUUUUGAUUGGCCAAUCACUUUACCUAAAGAAUUUAUUUAUUGAAGCCACUAAAAUUUCAUUAAUUUUAAAGUAGACAUGUAGUGUUCAGAUGUGAUACAUUAAGUUUUCAAUUUUCAGAAGUUUGAUAUCUUACUCAAUCAAAAAUUAGAUUGUCUUCCCUGUGAAAUCAUAUAGUAUUCAUGAACUGACAAGGAUAUUUCGCAUUUGCCUGUUAAGGAAAUUUCUACUUUGUGAUAACAAGACUAAUGUUAAAUGAGUUUCUUUUAUUUAUGUGUUUUUGUUGUUGUUGUUUUUUAUGAGGGGAGAAAGCUUUUUUUUUUUUCACAGCCAUUGGUGAAAACUUGUGAAGUCUUGUGCUGAAACCUGUAUAAGAUUGUAACUAGUCCUGCAAGUUAGCUAGACCCCAUUAUUUAGCUACACUGUUUUUGAUAUAAUCCUCUUGUUUUCUGUUUACGUUGCCAUUUUAAAUGCUAGCAGAGACAUUUUAUUUUAUACUCUGCAUUGUCAAAUGGUUUUCAAAUGUUGUGAGCCUGCCCUGGACAACAGAGGCAUUUCCCUAGUUCAUUUGAUGACAACUCUUAUUGUUUUGAUGCGAAUGUAAAAGUGCCUGGUAUAAAAGUUUGCCCCCUCCCCCUGUAUAGUUCAAGGGAAAAUAUUUUUUUGGCCUUAUGGCUUUGCCAGUUGCAUUUAUUGCGUGGUUCUCAACUUUCAAUGCAAAAGUACACAUGUUUUACAAGCACAAAUACUCAUUUAAAUUUUUCUUUUUUAAAGUAACUUUUAUGGAUUAGAAACAAACCAAUGAUUGCAUCAUGAUCAAUGUUGCCUGGUGGCAAAGACUCAAAAAUAUGGGGGGUUAGCUUUUCUAGGUUGAAGGCUAAUUUACCAAGGUCAAGAACCCUAAAAUGUGCAACUCGUUACGAUACCAGUAAUGCUCUCACAGGAGGGAAGAAACUUUGAACUAAUUUUUUGUUCGUGAGUGUGUGUGUGUGUGCGUGUGUGUGUGUGCGCGUGCUUGUGUGAAGACAGAGAAAAGUGGAGGCGACAGUGAAAGUGGACUUAAGUAUUCAUGUGUGUAUAGUACAUGCAAUAUUCUGUGCCAUUUAAUGUAAAUUUUUACGACAAUCCUGUGAUAGCUCAGAGCCUUAAAGGUUUCUUUACCAGUGUCAUAUAUUCUUAAAUAAUUGGCUAAAAUUUGAAGUUAAAUAAAAUAGCACUCUGCAUGUACAUGCAGAAUAAUUUAGAUCCCACUCCUGCUUUCCUCAUAGAGUGUGAAAGUGAGAGACAGAAAAGUUUGAUUUGCUUCAGAUUAAAAUUUUCAGGAUCUGUUAAAUCUGAAUCUUUUAGUACUAUCAUAUCCAGUUUUUAACUUAAUACUUGUACCACGAAGAAGUGAUGUAUUAUGUGUGUUGUUGCGCCAUUCAGGCCUUCAAGGCCAGUGUAGAUAAAUGUGUAGAGAUUGUAAUUUAAGCUUUUACUUCUUUAAAUCUGUGGUACCUUCUCUACACAACAAUAUUCCAGUAAAAUCAAGGUAACCUUAAAUAAAGUUUCACGGCGAUAUAUAUUUGUUGCAAUAUGAAAUGUGAUUCCCUUCAGAUUAGUCAUUUUUGUUAUGUUUGCAUUUUGUUCUGAAGUUAGUAUUUUAAAAAGCAGGUUGUUAGACCUAAUCAGAUCAAGUAAAGUUACCAAAAACGCAAAAAAAAACUGUAGAUUGCUUGCUUCAUUUAUUUAAUGAAUGUGACAAGGAUCAACCCAGAGCAGCUCGUGGUAUAAUGUUUGGAGUUUUAAUAAAAUAAGUAUUGAUACAGGUGCAACCUUA